UAGUCAGGAUCACGAGGUCAGUACAGUAGUAUGCGCAUCAGAAGCAAAUCAGUUUUUAUCCAUUUUCAUUCAUCAGUAAAAGAUUUCUUCUAUGAGUUUUCUAGCAAACGAUGUGGAGCUUUUGCAUCAGUAUCCUCUGUAUUAAUGGCAGCAAGCUUGACACAGGCCCUUAUGGUCUGACCUUCUGGGUCGUGACAGAGCACUGAUACACAACAUGAAGCCAAUUACUGGAAACAGCCUUGCUUUGACCGGAUAACCUUUAAAUGAAGGCCACUAUAACAUCGCUCAUCAGAGCUCAUCAUUCUGUCUAAUUAGCUACUUAUAUUUUUGAGCAAUGAUACUAUGGAAUGAUGGUUGCAUAACAAUUCAGCAGCAUGAGUUUCAUAACAUUCUUUUAAACUGGAUCAAAGCAAUGUGUGGUGCUGCUGUGCUUUGCAUUCUUCUGUGUUGCCACUAGGUGGUUUCACUGAACGUGCUCAAAGUCAUUAGUCACUAUGGCUCACUAUGGCUCACUAUGGCAACCCUAGUACACAAAAGAGUCCAAUGGACUCCUCUGGGAGAGGAUAUGAGCAUAUUAGGGAAUUCCUAAAGGUAGGCCUUUGAAAUCCUUUGUUGUUUCAGAGUUUUUUAGAAUAUUUAAUUUGCAUUGAUAGAACAAAUGAAUAAUUUGCUUAAUAGAAUGUCAUUAUUAAUGGUACUUGAGUUAUAUACAGUCCCUUGUUGCAGAAGGACGAUGGCAUCUGUAUAUCAGCUCUCCAGUAGUCAAAGUGUCGUCCCUGUGCUUAUGGGGAAGGAUAGGAACGUCACCCUAGUAGUGGACACGUCUGAGGCUAUGACUGCUAUUCUGGGAUCAGUGAAGAACCUGAUUAUUCAGACUCUACUUGCCAAAGCUUCACUCAGGAACUCCCUCUUUAACAUCAUCAGCUUUUCAUAUAAGGUAACACCAUGGUCCAAUCAUAUGAUCCCUUGUGCCCCUGAUACGGUGUAUGAGGCCCUUAGCUGGAUCCACACGCUCAGGACCAGCCCUGGAGACGAUCUCCUCACGGCACUCACCACUGCAUUCUCUGACCCUGCCUGUCAGUCUGUCCACCUGGUGACCAGCAGUCUCCCAGACAACCCUGAGACAUGUCUGAGUGGUCUGUCUUCCUGUGGGACACGCCCUGUGCACACAUUUUACAUAGCGGAAACCCAGGCCUUGGACAGUGACACUUUGGACUUUCUGAAGUGCUUGAACUCUGCCACCAGAGGGCGCUGUUAUAAGUUGUCUCUAAACACAGACAGCACAGCAGAGCAGGUCACUCUCUUGCACUCAGCAGAACAUCAGAUUCAAAACGCAUCACACACAGAGGACAGAUGCUGCCAGGCCUUGCAUUACAACCCCAUGCAUGCAGCCUAUCUGUCACCAUACUGGUGUUCUCUUAGAAAUCCCUUCACUACGACACCAUGUAUUUCAGCAAGGGUGAUGGGAGGGGUCGAGUUCUUUCCAGGCUGUCGUGUCUUGGCAAGGAGAGAAGCAGAUGGGUUCUACUACCUGGGCACAAUUGUACACCAGCUACAGGACAGAGGAGGAGUCUUUAUGGUGCUGUUUGAUAAGGUAGCACUCAGAAUGGACACCAACUCAGAAAUAACACUGCCCCAGCCAACAUGCCAGCCUGAUAUGGUCAGUAUAACCCAGGCAUAUGGACACAGUAUAGUGCCUGGCGACGCCGUGUUGGCACCCUUUGAACCGCAGAUGAGCAGAUACGGACCUGGCCGGAUAGUUUCAGGCAUGGAGCUAAGAGAUCCGCUGAAGGGUGGAGAAGGAGAUGGGCUGAUGGUACUCUUCUGGAAUGGAGUCAGAAUGCACAUACCCAAAAACCUAGCUGUGUGGAUACCAGCCUCUCACCAUGAGCGAAUCAUCAGGGAAAUGCCACAUUACCCAUUUAGAACAUAUUGCUUAAGCCACAGUCACUGUAAUCAAAUUAACUGGACACCAGGCUGCUGCAUGCAUCAGUGUAUCCCAGCAGCUUCUUCCAUGUGUCUUUGUCCAGUCAAAAGCUACCCCCCCUUGGCCUCAUCCUACCUCAUGAAAAAACAGGAAAAGGAGGUGAAAGCUGACCAACAGAAGGAGCUGCACAGCACUCAAGAGACAAAGAUACCUUCACCAUCAUCAAGCUCAAGUGAGAACGAAGAGGAAAAUGAAAUGUUUUCCACAGGUUCUGAGUUGGUGAGCCGCUCAGUGAACACAGACAUAUCUUGUCUGAAAAGAGCCUACACUGAACCAGAGAGCAGACCUGCCUGGAGGUACUGGAGAAGAGGAGCUCCAGAGCCACAUCACAAACAACCAGGGAGAGUGACCAAAUCACCAAAUGUAAGCAACUCUUGGUCUGAAAAAAUCAGAUAUCCUGGAUAUCCCUCAUCCAAUUCUACGACCACCAAUCACAGCUCAUUAUUUGAACAGGUUCCUGAUUCUGUGAGAAAGGGUAUAACAGUAAGAGAGAUAUUUGCCUGGACUGAACCGCCACCACCCUCUAAAGCUGUAUCUCCACUGGCGUUUGCAUUGAGCAAAAUUUCAGCUAAACCAACGUUAUAAGCGAUGUUAAAAUCUAAUCAGUAAAACUGGAAUUGAAUAAAAAUGUAUGAGUGGGCAUGUUAAUAUUUUGUCAGGAGUUUUAAAAGAGUACAUGUACAAUAAAUUCCACAAAGAAAUACUGUGGUA